AUGUUGUCCUAUCUCAUUCCCUCAGUCCUACUCGCGUUCGCUCGCAUAGCCAUAGCGGACACCUGCUCCUCUGUUGAGGCUCUCCGCUACAUCAAUGUGACCCGCUCACUCGACCUUGCGUACAUCGAAGAGCAGACCCAAUACUGGUCUACUUCAUGCUCAGCACUUCUGCCUUCUUGCAUCAUCUUCCCUAAAUCAGCAGAAGAAGUAUCCACUGUAGUGAAGAUCCUUGCGAACACGACUGAGAGGUUCGCCGUCAAGAGUGGCGGACACAACCCCAACAAUGGCUUCUCCAGCGUGCAAGGUGGACCGCUGAUAGUCACGGAGCACCUUGACCAGGCGAAUUUGAACCAAGCCACUGGUGUCAUUGACGUGGGGCCCGGUAAUCGGUUGGACGGGAUCGCAGCGAAACUGCAAGGUAGUGGAUGGACGUUCGUUGGUGGUAGAAUUGGUAACACCGGUGUCGGUGGCCUCGUGCUUGGCGGUGGAUUGUCCUAUAUGUCUGCACAGUACGGUUGGGCAGCAAGCCAGGUCCUUGAGUACGAGAUUGUGUUCGCCAAUGGAACCAUUGGCCACAUCAACAAGGACAAUUAUCCCGAUCUCUUCAAAGCCUUGAAGGGUGGGGGGAACAAUUUCGGAAUUGUCACGAACUACAGACUGCAAGGACAACGCCAAGGAAACAUAUGGGGCGGCAAUCUGGUAUAUUUGCGGACACCAGAGAAAGACAAGAAGCUGCUCAAAGCAGUCCGCGACUUUACCGAGUACAACGACGACCCCAAGGCUGCUGUCAUCGUGACUGCUGAGCGAACAAAUGUGAAUGUCGUGGACUCGUGGAUCAUCUUCCUCUUCUAUGAUGGUCCUUCCCCUCCAGCAGGAAAGUUCGAUAAUUUUACGGACGUCAAUCCACUGCUAGACACCACGCGAACACGCACAUACGCCGACUUGAUGGCCUUGAGUAACUGGGUCGUUCUGAAGGGCGAGGUGGUUGACAUCGCGACAGAGACCAUCCCAAUUCCUUCAGCCGAGGACGAAGUAAAGGUCAUGGAGAACCUGCACAACCACUGGAGGAAUAUUACUGAUACCACGCUGCUUGAGGUCGGCAUCGUCGCGUCCAUCGCGUGGCAACCAUUUCCGAAAGCCAUCGCCAGGGAAGCCCGUGCCCGUAGCCCCGAUUUGAUUGACGCGGACGACUCAGUUGAUCGAAUCAUCAUCGAGAUGAACUAUGCGUUCACGCUUCAAUCGAGCUACGACAGAAUGGCCGACACGAUGGAGGCGACCUACGGAGGCGUGCGAGAGAGGGUGUUAGGCUGGCAGGAGGACGGGACGCUUCCAGAAAGCUACAAUCCGGUAUUCAUGAAUUAUGGAUUCUUCCGCCAGGAUUACUUUGGCAGGCUGAAGCCGGAGAACAGAGCGCUGGCGAGAAGGGUGCAGGAACAGGUGGACCCAGAUGGUCUCUUCCGAGCCAGGACUGGGGGAUGGAGGCCAUAGUCGAUUCUCGUUGUUGCAGUGUACAUCUAGAGCAAUUUCAUUGAGUUUCGAAACAGCAG